UUGUUCUCUGCUUGUCCAAGUAUAUCUGUUGUCGAGGUGGUUGAAUGAGUGCUGAUGGGAAUUCACUGUCUUACUGAUGUGGCACUUAUGCAGCUUGAAAGAGUGUGGGAUGAUGAAAUUGCUGCUGAGGCGGAGGACCACAUAGUGCCUGAUCCGUGUCAAGCAGCGGGUUCUAGCCUGAUUAGUGAUUGGAGGAUAACAUCAAAAUUGCUACAACGUUCCAAUGUCCGGUUCCUGAAGAGUAGUGGUGCAAGUGGAUAUGGUCUUGGUGGAGUGACAUCUCCGUGGGUUACGCAUUCACUGCAGAGAGGUUCGUCAGGAAGUGCUGCUAUUGUGAGCCAAUCGGAUGCAAAUGUGCUUCUGUAUACAGGUGUGGACAACAGUAGGGAUGACAGAGGUAAAGCUGGUGGGAUUGGACUGGGGGGCAACAGUUUUGUGGGCAAUGUGGGGCACACAGGGGCCUCUGAGCUGUUGGCAUCCUCAACAAGGGGAAGUUGGGAUGACGUACCCAAUUUCCAAUUGGAAGCUAUGUCUCCAAGGGCACAGUCCCCGAUGGGCCCAUGUGACGGAACCACCACAUCUGAUGCUCUCAGAUCCACAGAUGCUAAUGUGGAACAGGAGGAGGAGGAUGUGAGAAAGUACGUAAGGGAUGAUGUCUCCGAGGGGGAGGACGCAGCUGCUACGGAUGCUGUCCAGUCCGGUGAGGAUGGCCCUCCAAUGUCAGAUAUGGAAAUGGCGGGGUUGGGAAUGGGAAGCGACAUGGAGGAUGGGGCUCUGUGGGAGUAUGCACUGGGAUCCAUGAACGAGAUUAGUCACUUGACUGAUAUGGAAAACAUUCUCUUACCUGGGUUCUCACCCGGUGAAUAUGGAGGAAAAUCGAGUUCAUUGUCCGGGAUGCCCUUGUGGCUUCAGUCUUCACCUAUUGGGGAUGAGCAUGGGAGCUUAUAUGCUGCCAUGGUUUGUGAUGGCAAUGGGCUUCCAGCCAAAGCAUCAGGCCCGAAAAUUGGGAAGGAUAAAUUCUGUGAGAUGAGUGCUGGAAGCCAUGGGGGAGGAACACAUGACGGAUGUCCGUGUGGACAUAAGGAAUGCAAGUGCGUAGGAAAGACAGUUUAUGCACUUAUGGAACACGACCAAGACAGCUGGAUAGGAGAUGAUAAAGGAUUGGAAUUGAGAGAAGAGCCAGGGGCUGGAGUUGUGCUCAAUGAAGAACCAGACACCAUAAUGUCAGGACAAGAUGAUGCAGUUUCUGGACAAUGCAAGGACGGUGCUGCGGAUGGCAGGAGUGCUCAAUCCCAAGAUCAGAGUACAUCAGAAGUUGCUGUGGGGGAUGAUUCUGAAGUUGUUGUAAAUGGGGUCGAGUCACCGAUGGUUCCCACUCUCGACUCUGACUUUCCCUCACCGUUUCUCUACUUCUAUCCAAAACCGCUGCGACUGUGUGAGGAUACAAAGCAGACAUCGCCUAUGGUGAUAAGAUCUUCUUCAGGGGAACGGGGAGCUCCAGCAUCUGUCAACUUGAAGGCGGAGAAGAGCUUUCAGAGCAAGAAGGAAGGUGUCUUCGAUGGAGGUGGGGGAGUCAGUGCCACCACCGGGAUGACAAGCAGAGGGGCAGGUUGCGAUAACAGUGGGGAAAUCACGAGUCAAUGUUCAAGCCCGAUGGAGGCCAGCUCUUGUGUUUCUCCUACAUCAUCAAUGUCAGCUUCAGUUGAUGGAGGCAAGGGACACCGGGCUCGGCGUGCUGCUUCAGCACGGAAGAAGACAGAAGAGAAAGCCCGGCGGGAAUCUCUUCAGAAGCCAGGCUUGCGUUCUAUGGGCACCAUGGCAUUACCAAUGGACUCUUACCAGUUAUCAACUCAAACUGUCCCUUCACUUCUGUCUAGACCUCACAUUCUGAGUUCACGAGCUGUAUCUUCUGCAUGUGCAACAUCUGCUGGGAAUGUCGUGUUUAGUGAUGUGCAGUACAUCCCGCAGCAACAACCUCAAGCUCGACUGAUGGGAGCUUAUUCCCACAACAUGUACAUAUCACCACUUCAAGUUCCUCUCUCGGCAACUGGAGUCCCUUUUUUCCCUCAUCAAGAAGCUCCAGCUUUGCACCAGGACCAAUUGAACAUGGAGGAUCGACAGCAUAAGCAACACCUCAUGUUUGGGAUGGCUGACAUGUCUUGUCGGGGCUCUUACCAGUACACCCAGCCUCCUCACCACUCUCACCUGGCGAGUGGCACAGCUACAGGUAGCCAAGUGUCAUCUCAACGUAUUCUUGCAGCAGGAAGCAAGGGCCUUCAACUGCCGGGGACACGACAGGUGGUCCCCUCCACAGUGUCAAUUCCACAGUUGGGGCAGGGUCCGGUUGGGGGAAGGAGCCCUGUGGCAGUUCCAACGACCCAUAACCAACGAGUGAGGUAUCUCCAAUUUCGUAGGUUGACACAGAUGCGCAUAAAUCAGCAGAUAGAACCUCAGCCAGGAUUUCAACCACAGCAGAAAACCUUGCAACGCAUUCAAGAUCAUCAGGGGCAGGAUCAGUCCACUCUUGAGAAGAGUAAGCCAUCCAGAGCAGUACCAAGAUCAGGAGUGAUUCUUAAUGUGGAAGAGAAAGCUUCAGUUACUCCCCCAGAUGGUGCAGAAAAUGUCGGAGCUGUUGCGAGGGAGAAAGAACAUGUACUCUAUCCAAUCCUGGAAAUUCCUUUGGAUGAUGUGUCUGUUGAAGCAGUGGUUCUACGGCAGCUGGAAUCAGCAAUUCGAAAGUUGGAUAUUGGCACAUGCAAUGUCAUACGCGAUGCAUUGUACAGACUGGCAGAAAGUGCAACACAGAGAGCGGGUGGUAUGGCGAGGAUGGCUGAUGCAUCAGCCAAUGCUUCGUUGGCAGGGUUAUCUGGUGGUGACAACAACAGGAUAUCUUCCUCGAUUGCGGGAAGCACUCUUGCCAGCACAGCUGUUCUUCAGAGGAGUAUGAACAGCCAAUCUACAUCGCUAGACACAAACUUAAUCGACAGAAAGAUUGCUGAAUUGCUGUUUCAUGUUCCUGCAAGAAUGGCCACAACUCCGCAAGGGCAGAUAAGUGUGGCAGCUGCAUCUCCCAUCAUGCAGACCAUUCACAGUGGAGGGCACAUCUCCACACUUCCUCCCAACCUGGGAUUCACAAUGCCACCAAGCUCAAGUUUGCCCGGGUCGUAUUAUGUUUUGUCCACACCGUCCAUUGACUCGCAUAUGUACCAUGCGUCGUCCAUUGGGCAUGUUAUGAGCGCCCCACAGCCGUGGAUGUGGCAGCAGCCUCACAUAGCCAGCGACGCUUGGCUGCCGUCAAGUGCAGUGGUGGGGUCCACCACAGCAGACGCUAUGGGACUGGGGCAGGGAUCUGGUGCUUCCGCAAUGAUGACGACUCGCAUGACGGCUGUAGCAGGGCCAUCGGAAUCACCAACAGCGACUCCAACAGGAAGGAACAGAAACAUGGCAGCCAGAAAUGCAAGAGGGAUGGGAGUUAGCGAUAUUGGUAGUCCAAGGAGGCUUGGCGGAGAAAAUCUUUCUAAAGUGCCUCCUGCGAGUGUCGGAAUGGCCGCAGCAACAGGAACAGGUCGGGCGAUAGGGAUGGAGAUGGGAAUGGGAAUGGGAAUGGGGAUUCACACGCGGACACAGAUGGCGAUAGAAACGCGGCAUGCACCAGCUGCAGGCACUGGGCCAGUAGUAGAGGCAUCACAAAUGGGCAUGGGGGUGACAAGUACAUCAGGUGGAGCCACAGGUGCUACAGCUGCUGGACCUUGUGGGAGAAGGGAGCACAUGAGAAUGCUCACAGUGAGUAUGGACACAGAUGAGGGAAUAUUGUCAUCGAGUCAUGGAAACCAUGAGGGUGCAGUUGCUGCUAACACAGCUGCAUUGCCAAUGGGUCAGCCAGGGAAUCAAGGUUUCUCGUCUGGGGACGGCCGAGAAGUAGCUGUGAAGCUGGAGCCCACUGAUCAAGCGGAUGGGCUCAAUGGCACAAAGCAAGCAGAUAGGGAAGGUCUGUCGCGCAGUGAAGAUGACUCCAGAGGAGGCUCAGGGGAGGACAAUGUGGAGGCCAUAGGUGUACUGGGGACCACAGAGGAUAGCGAAAGGGGUUGGGAAUGGGAGUGGGAGGGUGCCAGUGGUAUUGAUAUAGAUGCUGAUGGAGAUAGGCGUGCAGGUACACCUUCAGCAGAAAGCUUACAGGGUGGAGAACAGGGGGGAGGAGAGCAGGGAAGUGGAGUGGAUGCACAUGAGAGGCAGGAAGCCAAGCUGCAGUACAAUUGCAGAGAAAGUUUACCAGCACAACCUCCUCAAAAGCAGAGGAGAGUGGAUAUUGGCAUAGAGAAAGCCGAGGGAGGUGUUGGGACGGUUGGAGUUGGUGGUGAAGGUUGCAGAAAGUAUUAAAUGGACCUGGAGGAGGCACAAUUGGGGUAGUUGGGGAUUAGAUGCUGGCUUUUCCCAACAAGGCAUCCAGCAAGGUAAGAGGAUGGACAAGGUGUCCACAUCAUGAAGGGGGCAAUGGUCCCACCUGGCAACAGACACGGAGAGGCGGAAGGGAAAAUGGAUUGGCAAAUGGAUGGGCAGUUUUCGGGGAAGGGAUGUGACCCGUCCUCCUUGUGAAAUGUAUUGUAUCGGGAGAUUUGCAAGGUCCAACCAGCGCAGAGAGAAGGAGAAGGAGUGGAAGCACAAUUGCGUCCUCUCAUUUGGAAGAGUACUCUAAGAAAUAUUGUGAAAAUACAUUUUUUACCUCGAACCAUGAUUUCCAUGGGAGAGAGGAUUGGCCACAGGCUGGACAUCCUUGUUCGCCAGUUGCUUGUUUAAGGUGAGUUGUGUUUUGAUUUUCCUGAUUAUGAUUUACUCUGCUAUAAUCUUUGUGUAACUGUCCACAAUCACACUUCUCCCCCCACUCCUUCCAUCGCACUUCCAUUCCUCUUUCCAUCAUCAGUCAUGCACAGCGCACGUAUCGACGAACACCGAUCCUUGAUUUCGCUCGUAAUCGAAAAGAGAAGCGUUGCAAAUUUUUGUUGACGUCAUCUUGUAUGCUGUGUCUUUUUUUCCUAAUUAAGGAUGUGAGCGUGAUAUCUUCACGAUGUCUUCUAACUUCUAAAUUCUAAUACCCCUUCCAUCCCAAUCCUUGAUAGGAUUACUGUGGACAGCAGAGAAGCACAUGGAACCUUAUGGUAUUUGUGAGUCACUUUGUCAUAGCCUGUGGAGCAGCUCAUCACGCUCUGUCGGAUUGGACUCAUUUGUUUGAGUCCUUAAAGCCAGGUAGGCAGGGAUCAAGUGGGGGGGGGAAAUAAAGUAGCUGCAGCCUGGAGCCAACAGCUUUGCAGAGGAGGGAUGGAAUGAAUGACUGAGGAUACACAAGUCCAUAGGCUUGUGUCUGCCAGCCCUUCCCCGAGUGAAACAAUUGAAAUGGUUUUUUUCGAGCCAUUUUCACAGAGGGGAUCUCUGCAGUGUCGGUCGGCAUUUAUGUC